CCACGUGGAGGCUGCGGUCACACCAGCGCAUGCGCCCUCCAGUUCGCUCUCCGCGCCGGGGUCCUUGGUGACUGUGGCAGAACCUUGUCAUCCGGACUCGGGGGGGAGUCCUGGUUUCCUCCCACCGGGCGUCUGGCAGAAAUGUCUAAUGCAAAAGAAAGAAAACAUGCAAAGAAAAUGAGAAACCAGCCCACCAAUGUGACUUUAUCCUCUGGCUUUGUGGCUGACAGUGGUGUAAAGCACCAUAAUGGAGGUGGAAAACCUUUCCAGUGUCAAAAAGAGUCUCAUCCUGGAACUUCCCGACAGCGGCAGACCAGAACGACCCACCGUCCGCCGGCUGAGUCUGAUGCGAAAGAGCAGCCUUCCUCGAGGGUAACCUUUAGAAAAAAGGGAGGAUGGAAAGCGGGUCCCGAGGGCACUUCUCAGGAGAUUCCCAAGUAUAUAACUGCUUCUACUUUUGCUCAAGCCCGAGCUGCUGAAAUCAGUGCCAUGUUGAAAGCAGUGACCCAGAAAUCUUCUAAUUCGCUGGUUUUCCAGACUCUGCCACGGCACAUGAGACGAAGAGCCAUGAGCCACAAUGUCAAACGCCUUCCUCGGCGGUUACGGGAGAUUGCCCAGAAAGAGGCAGAGAAAGCGGUUCAUCAGAAAAAAGAACACUCAAAAAAUAAGUGCCAUAAAGCUCGACGAUGUCACAUAAACCGCAUACUGGAAUUUAACCGGAGACAGAAGAAGAACAAAUGGCUGGAAACUCACAUCUGGCACGCGAAGCGGUUUCACAUGGUCAAGAGGUGGGGCUACUGCCUAGGGGAGAGGCCGACAGUCAAGAGCCACAGAGCCUGCUACCGGGCCAUGACGAGCCGCUGCCUCCUCCAGGAUUUAUCCUACUACUGUUGUUUGGAGUUGAAGGGCAAAGAGGAAGAAAUACUAAAAGCACUUUCUUCAAUGUGUAGCAUAGACACAGGAUUGACUUUUGCUGCAGUCCACUAUUUGUCUGGAAAGUGCCAAGGGAGCGUCAUGCUUUACAGGGCAAAUAAAUAUCCCCUAGAAAUGCUGGGUCCUGUGACAUUUAUGUGGAAGGCCCAGGGGACGCCUGGUGACACUGCUGAGAGCAGGCAGUUGUGGAUCUGGCUUCAUCCAGCUCUUAAACAGGAUAUCUUAGAGGAGGUAAAAGCAGUGUGCCAGUGUAUGGAACCUACCAAGGCAACUGUCUGGAUCCCAGAUCCCCUUUUGACACCGUCUCAAGAGAAAAGCCAGAUUGACCUGCCUGAAGAAAAAAUCGGCAAGAAAAGAAAACGGAAAGAUGAUGGGGAAAACGCUCAACCAGUUAAAAAAGUCAUUGGUGAUGGAACUAGAGAUCCACUUCAGCCAUAUUCUUGGCUCUCCCCAAGCACAGGCAUCAUGAUCCGUGAUUUGACUAUGGAGAUGAACAGAUUCCGGCUGAUCGGUCCUCUUUCUCACUCCAUCUUAACUGAGGCACUCAAAGCUGCUUCCGUCCACACCGAGGGAGAGGACAUGGAGAAGACACCUCACCGUUGGUGGAUUGAAAGCUGCAAGAAUCCUGAUAGUGUUUCCCUUCAUCGCAGACAAGCAGCCAUUUUUGACUUGCUGGGAGGAAUAACAUCACCAGCAGAAAUUCCAGCAGGUACUAUUCUGGGACUGACGGUUGGUGAUCCACGAAUAAAUCUGCCUCAAAAGAGGUCCAAAGUUUUGCCCAAUCCAGAAAAAUGCCAAGAUAAUGAGAAAGUUAGACAGCUGCUUCUGGAGGGUGUGCCCGUGGAGUGUUCGCAUAGCUUUCUCUGGAACCAAGAUAUCUCUAAGAGUGUCACAGAGAAUAAAAUCUCGGAUCAGGAUUUAAACCGGAAGAGGAGUGAAUUGCUGGUGCCCGGGUCACAACUUUUUUUAGGUCCCCAUGAAUCCAAGGUUCCUAUACUUUUGAUUCAACAACCAGGAAAAGUGACGGGUGAUGACCAGCGAGGCUGGGGAAGCGGCUGGGAUGUCCUGCUCCCAAAGGGCUGGGGCAUGGCGUUCUGGAUUCCAUUUAUCUAUCGAGGUGCAAGAGUCGGAGGAUUAAAAGAAACCUCAGUACAUUCUCAGUAUAAAAGGUCGCCUAAUGUCCCAGACGAUUUCCCAGAUUGCCCUGCUGGGGUUCUCUUUGCUGAAGAGCAAGCAAAACAUCUUCUUGAGAAGUACAAGAGACGUCCUCCUGCAAAACGGCCCAACUACGUUAAGCUUGGCACCCUGGCACCUUUUUACUGUCCCUGGGAGCAGUUAACUCGAGACUGGGAGUCAAGAGUCCAGGCUCAAGAGGAACCGCCUGCAGCUUCCUCUCCAAGUGGUGGGGAGAGUGGCCCGAGCAGAGAUGGGGUGCCUUGUGUUCCCGGGCCUGGAAGGACUGCUCAGCUGUCUGAGAACCAGGGCACACCCCUGCGUGCCUCCAGUGAGCCUGAGGGAGUCAUGGAAACGGAUUGUCCAGCCGGGGUGGAACCCGAGGGGGCUGGCCGCCAGAGGGCCACCAGCAGCCGCCUUUGCGUUCUUAGGAGUAGAAGAUUACUGAGGCAGCUGUCAGCCUGGUGUGGGCCCAGGUCUGGGGGCGGUCGGGCAACCCAGCAAGCUGGCAGAGGGCAGCAAGGACUGACCGGAGAGGCCUGCCUGGCCGUGCUGGACGGCUUCCCCAGGGCCCUGGUAUGGGUCAGGCUGGCCCUGCUGGGGAAGGGCAGCCCCGGCCCGCACACCCUGAUCUGCGUCCCGGACAAGGAGGAUCUCCUGCAGCUCGGCCGCGAUCGGCUGUACCGUGGGCCCCAGGAGCCCAAGCACAGUGACCCAUUCAAGAGCCAGAUCCGGGAACAGAAGGAGAAGAAGAAGCGGGAGAAGAGGCCGAACCGACGGCGUGCCGCGUCUGAGGGCCUGGCAGAGGGGGACCCUGCAGCCGGGCCCCAGCCCCUGACCCUGGGCUUGUGGUCAGGCCCCCUCCCGGUUGUGACUUCCCACUGCUCCAGAGCUCUCCUUGGCUUUGUCACCCAGGGAGACUUUUCCAUGGCCGUCGGCUCUGGGGAGGCCCUGGGGUUUGUUAGCCUGACGGGCUUGCUGGACCUGCUGUCCAGACAGCCAGGGCCAGAGAGGGGCCUCGUGUUGCUGAGGCCGCCUGCCUCCCUGCAGUAUCGGUUUGCGAGAAUCACAAUUGAGGUGUGAACGUAGGUUCACAUCACGGCACAGAGAAGACCUGUGCUUGCCAAGUCUCACAGCCAACCAGAGAGUUGUUCCCCUCCCCCUGCCUGCCUUCUGUUUCAAGACAUCACGCGAAAUUCCUUGGAAACGAGAAUAAAGAAACUUACGUAUUUAUGCAAA